AUGUUCUCCAAAACAUUGCUGUUCGCUACCGCGCUCGUCGCCUCUGUUUCCGCCUCACCGUGCAAGCCCAGGCCCGGUGGCGCUCCCGUGCCCGCUCUCCCCACCACAGGAGCCGUUGACCUGGCAGCACCAAACCCAAGCUGCGCCCUGAAGGCCAUUGCCAUUGGCCAUGGUAUCCAGAACUACACCUGCGCUGACGGGAAGGCAACACCAGUCGCCGCCGGCGCCCUCGCCGUCCUGUACGACGUCACCUCUCUGUACCCCGGCACUCCUGGCACUGGCCUGUCCCAGGAGGCCUUCAACGCCCUGUCCAACAACACACUCUGGGGCUCCAACAUUCCCCUCAACCUGAAGGACCCCGAGGCCGCCCGCCCUGGCACACCCGCCUCGCCCAACAACGGCAUGCCUCCCUCGUCCUACGGCGCCGUCGUUGAGAACCCCUUCAUCGCCCCGGCCGACCUGCCCCAGCCUAACGGUGCUCCCCUCAAGUUCCUUGGUCACCACUUCUUUGACGCCGCCAGCAACCCGACCUUUGACCUGUCCACCAAGAACCUGCGCUUCUCCGUUGGUCUCAAGCAGUCUGUCGACGUCCCUGCCAACUCUGACCGUGGCAUCCUCAACACCGGUGCCGUAAAGUGGCUCCUGCUUAACGACAACGGCAAGGGUCUUGGCAACACCGGUGCCACCUCCCAGGUCUACCGCGUCAUCACCGCCGGUGGUGUCGGCGAGGCCUGCAGCAAGGAGGGUACCGUGCCCGUUGCCAGUGUGCCGUACACUGCCUUUUAUUGGUUCUACGCCGAGUAA